CUUCCCCCAGCUGCUGCUGUCCCCUCCAGACCUCCCAACGCCCCUUGCUCUCACUCAUUCCCCUCCCCCAUCCCAUCUCUGUUCAGUCCCCACAUCUGGGCUGACUCUGCAUUCUGUCCCUUUUUGUGGCUUGCAUCUCCCUAGUCUGCAGUCUACAGUGAGGCACAGCCAGCCCAGCUCCGUGAGGACUGAACUAGGUGCUGGUCCACUGCCACCAUGCCGGAAGUCGAGAGAAAAUCUAAGAUCACCGCCUCACGCAAACUCAUGCUGAAGAGCCUGAUGCUGGCCAAGGCCAAGGAAUGCUGGGAGCAGGAGCACGAGGAGCGCGAGGCUGAAAAGGCGCGCUACCUGGCCGAGCGCAUCCCCACGCUGCAGACCCGUGGCCUGUCCCUCAGUGCCCUGCAGGACCUGUGCCGGGAGCUGCAUGCCAAGGUGGAGGUGGUAGACGAGGAGCGAUAUGACAUCGAGGCCAAGUGCCUCCACAAUACCAGGGAGAUUAAGGACCUGAAGCUGAAGGUGCUGGACCUCCGUGGGAAGUUCAAGCGUCCGCCCCUGCGUCGGGUCCGUGUCUCGGCUGACGCCAUGCUCCGGGCUCUACUGGGUUCCAAGCACAAGGUGUCCAUGGAUCUGCGGGCCAACCUUAAGUCUGUGAAGAAAGAAGACACAGAGAAGGAGCGGCCUGUGGAGGUUGGGGACUGGAGGAAGAACGUGGAGGCCAUGUCUGGGAUGGAGGGCCGGAAGAAGAUGUUUGAUGCUGCCAAGUCUCCGACCUCCCAGUAAAGGCCAACGUGCUGCACUGUGCUCUGGGCUCCUGCUUUAUGCUACUUCCUCCAGUCCAGCUCGCCCACCUCCCUGCCUCAUGUUCAGAGCAUCCCUCUUGCCCCACCUCCCCCUGCAGCCUGCAUGACUCCUCUGGAACAGGAGUUAAACAGACACACAAGAGAGAGGAGAAACACAAGUGUCUGAAGAUCUCACCCCAGCAUGGGGAGCUUCCAGCCACUCACCAGGCACCUGCGGCCUCCUGGUCACCCGUGGUGUAACUGGUUGAGGAGGAAGAGACAGUGAGGGCAACUUUCCUUCAGCCCCUGCCGCAUCCCUUCCCAGCUUCGAUGAUGUGUAGGGCGCCCACAGGUGUCACGGCCUCUCUCCAUUAAAAACCCAGUUUUCUGGUCA